AUGGAUUAUGUUAUAAGUGGACAAAUACCAACAGGAGAUUUUACAAUUAAUGAAACUUUUGAGGUAGAGUUGAAUGAUGUUGACAUUUUACCGGAGUUCACAUUCUCCUUCUUAGAAAACCCAGAAAUAAAAAGCAUCGAUCCGCAACGUGGGUUUCUGAGUGGUGGUACCAUUCUUACAGUGACAGGGGACAACUUGCGCAAUGCUCAACAUCCAAGAGUGUUUAUUCAAAAUUAUGAAGCAGAAAGUUCAGAGUCAUGCUUGGCAGAGGUGAACUCUUCCAAUAUCUUGUAUUGUAAAGUGCCUAUAGCGCCUGCAAAAAUCAAAUCUGAACUUCAAUCUAGACGCAAUAAAAGAUCCGCAGAAUGUUUGGGCUGUCAGGAAGUGCAGAUUGUUGUGAAACUGGAUGGAAUUGAGAAAACAUUUACAUUGAAAUACUACUACGAUCCAUCAUUGUCCAAGUUCACCAAUGGCAUGCAGCUGUUUAAAGCUGACGAGCAAUUUCUCACUGUCCACGGUGACAAUUUUAAUUUUCUUAAAAAUUCCGAUGUGACCAUAACCAUUGGUAUUGAGCAAUGUCGGGUGGUGCAAAUAGAGCCGAACUCCAUGGAAUGUGUCGCACCUAGGACCCAACCUAAACCAGGCAUCCAGGGGGCAGAAUAUCCAGAAGUAAAUAUCUUCAUUGGCAACAUCAACCAGACGUUGGGUCAGCUGCAAUACCAGAAGGAUGACAAUCAUUUCGUGAUUAUAGUAGGGGCAGUAGGAGGAACUGUAGUGUUUGUGGGGGUCCUUGCAUUCGUGUUGAUCUGUCUAAAGUAUCGAAAGACGAGAUCUAAGGCAAGAGAGCUUGAGGGUGAUCUAAACAAACUGGAGAUGGAAAUUAAAAGUGUCGCACGUCAAGAAGGUCAUGACAACGUUCAUUAUGACGUCAUUCCCGACGAUGUAACAGAGCGUGAGGCAACAUCGUUCACCUCACUCCAGGUUUGUUGAGAUGCUUUUAGUUGG